CCAGUGCAUGUUUGUCACAGCUGCCUGAACAUCUCUAAAUACAAUGUGACCUUUACUGCAAGAAAUUUUGAAUACAUAUUGCACUGGAGCAAAUAUGAUUUAGUACCAGAUAUAUCAUUCAAUGUCCAAUACAAACGAUACGGGCAAACAGAAUGGUUGCUGCUUCCUGAUUGUCAAAAUAUCACCAGGGUUUACUGUAAUUUGACACAUGCAAUAGUUGGUGAUGAAGAAGACUUCAUGGCAAACCAGUACUUUGGGAGAGUCAAGGCAGUGUCCACAAAUUGUACCUCUGACUGGUUCAUAUCAAAAAGACUGAACCCGAGAGAUGACACAUAUCUGAUUUUACCAAAAUUAAACUAUAUUCAGCAUGUGAACUCAAUAACACUUUUUGUUCCAACUCCUCCUGUACCAAUAAGGGGCAGAGACAAGCAGCCAGUGACAGUGGAAGAUCUUUACAAAAAUGAUAAUUUUGAGUACAACUUGAACUUUUUCAAUUCUGAGAAAAAAGACAUAUGGCAAAAAACCCAGACAGACAGAACGUUUGAAGUGUCUGGUUUGUCUCCUGACAUGGAAUAUAAUGGAAAUGUAUACAUUUUGGUUGGUAACGAGAGAAAAAGUGAUAUACAAUAUUUUGUGGUGAGAACACUUCCAGAUUAUUCAUUUGUCACACUUAUUGCCAGUCUGGUUGCUGUUUUUGUCAUUGUCUUGGGUACUGGGUUACUUUUGUUCAGCUGUAAAUACAUAAAACAGCAAGUACAAACACCAAAUUCUCUAGUUUUCACAAAAUCUACAACCCUUCCUUUGUUGGUGCUGCCAAAGGAUAAGGUGAUCAGUUCCCUUACUGUGGGAUUUUUUCCAGCUAUAUUUAUGCAAAACUUUUACCAAAUACAUCAAGAGACAUCAAGAAAUAAAGAAAUACCUGGAAACUCACAACUGCACAUGUAUGCAAGUCAAUCACAUGGGGCUAUCACACCAGGACAGGAUUCUGCAGUGGACACACAGGAGUCAUAUAGCCCUCAGAAUAAUGACAGCAGCUUAGUCUCCUCAGUACAUUAUGGAAAGGUGUUCGACAGGACAAGUAGUAAUGUGGCAUACCUCCAAAACACUACCCAAGAUCCUUGCAGCAACAUUUAUUAUGAUGACCCUGAAGAAGACUUCCAGAUAAAUACUCUUCAACCUUCUGUAGUCUUUGAUGGUGACAUGUCCACUGCAUGUAUUGAUAAUGGCUUCCAAUUUGAUCUGUUCUCCAAUUUACUUAGCAAAGAGUCAAAUACUGUUCUGAAAAACAUAACAUCUAUGGGAUUAUUAUCAAGUGUUACGGUAAGAGAUGAUAGGGAUUUUACUGCACAGAUAGACCAAACUGAGGAACAUCCACCGGUUUUACUAUCAGAUGACUUAAACUUUGAUGGUUUUCUAAGUAACCAGAUGGAAGAACAGAACUUGCAACAAAGUUUCUUUGGACAAGGUGGUAAUUUGUACAUGCUACCGUAUCCUGUAGAGAAUUCCGCACCAGAUACUUUGGACAGAACAAGUCCUUACAAAAAGCAAUGCAUUCUGUAACAUGUUCCAGAGACUUGUUAACAUCAUGAAGAAAAGGUCAUCACAGAAAGAGAAGCAACCCUUAAAGGGGUUGUCCAGAGCUAUUUUUUUUGUUAUAUAUGGUUCAUGGGUUAAAAAAAAAGAAAAACAUAUAGUCACCCUUACCUAUUCCCCACUGAUGCUAUUUCAGUGCUACUCACUCGCCAUAGCAGUGAGCACCACAGCAUGUCAAGGCGGGAUCACAAAGCAAAGAUUAACAGGGACUGGAGCAAUGUGGAAACGGUAGUGGAAGGGGAUUGGUGAGAGUAUUUUACUUCUUUUUUUAAAGGGUUUUCCCAGGGCAUACUAUUGAUGACCUAUCAUUGGGGGUCAGUCAUCAAUAUCAGAUCGGGGGUGGUCUGACUCUCCUGGCACACCCACCAAUCAGUUGUUUGAACGGUAUGCAGUAUCAUACACUGCAUAGUGGCUGUGCUUGGCGUUGCAGCCUGAGCCCACUCAGUUAAGAACCACGUGACUGAUGAACGUGACAUGAUGGGCUUUAGAAAGAGGCCACAAUACUCCUCGGGCACUAUAGCCUCUUCAAACAGCUGAUCUGAAGUGGUGCCAGGAGUCAGACCCCCACCUCAUACCGAUGACCCAUACUAAGGAUAGUAAUUCAAUAAACUUCUUGAGUAUGCAAAUUAAACCACAUUUAUUGGAUAGCAAAAGGUUUUAUCCCUUGGAUAAUAAAUGUGACAAUUUGCAUCCUCAAGAAGUGUGCCACAAAUUUAUUGAAUUAGUAACCGGGCUGACGUGUCCUUUUGUGAGCACCUUUGAAUUCCUGAGGAUAGGUCAUCAAUAUUAUACUCUAGGAAAGCCCCUUCAUGUUAUACUGUUUAUAAAAUAAAUGUAAAAUUGCUGGGUUAACCCUUUAAAUAACUACUGUGAUUGGAGAACAUUUAAUAUGAUAGUUAUAAUUAGAGAUGAGCGAAUCGAAGUUGACUAAGUGGAAUUUGAUCCGAAUUUCAGGAAAAAUUCGAUUCACACCGAAUCCGCAAUUCCUCACGCUAACUAAUCGCAUUUUUU